AUGCGUCCUGACUUCGGUCGGAAAGUAUUUGACAGGCAGACGGAUCAAAAGGCCAGAUACGGUAAGAUUAGUAAAGGAAGAGAAUUCACCCUUUAGUGAAGAAGUUCUGGUGCAAAAUUUCGGUGGUGAGCCGAAGUGGCUUGAUGGCACUGUUACGGAGCAGCCCGGUCCCGUCUCCUAUAAGGUUCUAGUCGGAGAACAACUUUGGAAACGACGUGUUGACCAAAUGCACCAAAAUCAUUUAAGCAACAAAGAUAGUAAACCAGAAAUCAGUGUAACACAUUCAAACGAUACCACUGACAUCCAACUGGUAACGCCUCCGCAAGAGGACACCGCGGAAAAAUCAACGCUAAAACCAAAUGAAACCAAAAGUAGCAAAAAUGAUAACGAUGAAGAUACGCACGCAGCCGCGACAGCGCAACCUCAACAUCAACCUCAAACACGCUAUCCAACUCGACAGCGAAAAGCACCGCAGCGUUUAGGAUUUAAUAUAUAA